CCGACGCUGUGCGCGUAGCGCUUCCGCCAACGUCGGCAGCUGAUUGGCGCUCAGCCGUCGGCUCGACGACCGACGUUGACCACUGCCGUUCCCUAGGAAGUUUCGAGAACAUACUACACUGCAGGCGGCAAUAUCGGUAGGCGACGUGGGCGCACGGACUACGGUGGACUACGGAGUUGCACGGAAUCCGGGCUCGCUCAGUGCUCAGUUUCAUACGUGAAACGUUGUGACGCGGACGCGAAAGUAGAACGGGCGUUGCACGAAACGUGCGCGGUCAUUCUCUAAAGCGACACUCCUCGUCAUUUACACAGCAGCAAGAGUGGUUUAAUACAACACUAACUAUUUAACACACCGUGAAAAUGGUUAAGGAGACUACAUUUUAUGAUGUAUUGGGUGUGAAGCCCGGAUGCUCGCAGGAGGAUUUGAAGAAGGCCUAUAGAAAGCUCGCUUUAAAGUAUCAUCCUGAUAAAAAUCCUAAUGAAGGAGAAAAGUUUAAACAAAUUUCUCAAGCAUACGAAGUAUUGUCAAAUCCAGAGAAGAAGCGUAUUUAUGAUCAAGGUGGUGAGCAAGCUUUGAAAGAAGGUGGCAUGGGUGGUAGUGGCUUCUCUUCUCCUAUGGAUAUCUUCGAUAUGUUUUUUGGAGGAGGAUUUGGUGGACGAGGAGCGAGGAGGAGAGAACGCAGAGGUCAAGAUGUAAUGCAUCAAUUAUCAGUUUCCCUCGAGGAACUUUACAAAGGAACUGUGCGUAAACUGGCUCUGCAAAAGAAUGUUAUUUGUGAAAAAUGUGAAGGUGUUGGUGGAAAGAAAGGUUCUGUUGAACAAUGUUCGACGUGUCAUGGUUCCGGCUUGCAAGUACAAAUCCAGCAGUUAGGUCCGGGAAUGUUACAACAUUUACAAACUAUGUGUGCAGAUUGCAAAGGACAAGGGGAACGUAUUAAUCCUCGUGAUCGUUGCAAAUAUUGCAAUGGAAGAAAAACUAUUAGAGAUAGAAAGAUACUCGAGGUUCACGUUGAUCCAGGAAUGGUUGAUGGUCAAAAGAUAACUUUCAGUGGCGAAGGUGAUCAGGAACCAGACUUGGAGCCUGGUGAUAUAGUUAUUCUUCUUGAAGAAAAAGAUCAUGAUGUAUUCAAGCGUUCAAGAAACGAUCUGAUUAUGCGAAUGCAAUUAGAACUCGUAGAGGCAUUAUGUGGAUUCCAGAAAGUUAUUCGUACUUUGGAUGGUAGAGAUCUAGUGAUAACCUCACUUCCCGGCACUGUGACGAAACACGGUGACUUGAAAUGCAUCUUGAACGAGGGCAUGCCGAUUUACAAAGAUCCAUUUACACACGGCAGACUUAUAAUACAAUUUAUAGUCAAUUUCCCGAAAAGCAUAGACCCAUCGCUUAUUCCAUCAUUGGAACAAUGUCUGCCGCCGAGGGAAGAGGUUAUAAUUCCAGACGGUGCCGAGGAGUGCUUACUUACCGACUUGGAUCCUGAGCAAGAGCAAAGGCGGAGAGACACGAGACAAGCGUAUGAAGAGGACGAAGGAGGUCCAUCGCGAGUCCAAUGUGCCACACAUUAAUUUGAUUACACUAACCCUGUAAUAAACAUAGCCGUUUCUUUCAUUUCAAACUCUGUCCCAUUCGCUCGAUUCUGUAUUAUGUUAAAGAAAGAAACAACAUGGAUAUGUAGGCCAACUAUUCAAUGAGCGAGAAAGAUAUAAUUCUACUGUUUGGAUGUGUGCAAAAAAAAAACAGUGAGUACUGCAAUUAUUGAUUCUUUAAUUUUAUCAGUUACAUGAAAAUUAUACAAUUUUGAAAAUAAACAAUUAUCGACAAUCUCUUUAUGAAAAGGUCCAAUGUGAUGAUGCAUUUUACUAAGAUGCAUCUUAUUGAGAUAUCUCUUAUGGACAGGCUUCUUGUAGAAACUUUUUAAGCUACUUUUUAGGAUAUGUUUCUGAUAUUUUCUCAAGAUGAAAUGGUAUAUAGGGAUGAAUAGGAGAAUUGUGAAUACAGGAUAAAUGCGAAUGAUACUAUUGCAGUAUAAAUAAUGAUACAAACUACAGAAAUCAAAGCCUUAAACGGUCUAGCUGGAUCUUAAAUUCUUAUGUGAAUUUAUAUACUACGUAUGUAGUCCCUCUAGAAACGCGAAACGCCGAAAUGAUUUUUCGGUCUUGAAAAAAAAACACUACACCUAAUCGAAAAGCUUUGAUUUAUAUAGUUUGUGUUGUCACAUAUACGGUCCUAUAUAAUAUGUUAUAAAUAAUAAUAAUUUCUCAUUUCUUGCAUUCAGUGAUUAUCUGAUAAUUUGGUGUUUUCCAGCAAGCGACAUAGUCUGAUUAAAAUCUCAUUUUUAAUAUAAUUUCUGAAAUGAUAA